CGCAGUUUGAAUCGCGGUGCGACGGCGGAGUAGGCGCCGGAUCUCGCUGGGUGUCUGACUAGUCUUUUUUCUGCCUUGCUUGUCUGAGCUGCCGCAGAAUUGGAAAUGGCUGGCGGUAAGGCUGGGAAGGACUCCGGAAAGGCCAAGACAAAGGCGGUUUCCCGCUCGCAGAGAGCCGGCUUGCAGUUCCCGGUGGGCCGCAUUCAUCGGCACCUGAAAUCUAGGACGACCAGCCAUGGACGUGUGGGCGCGACUGCCGCUGUGUACAGCGCAGCCAUCCUGGAGUACCUCACCGCAGAGGUACUUGAAUUGGCAGGAAAUGCAUCAAAAGACUUGAAGGUAAAGCGUAUUACCCCUCGUCACUUGCAACUUGCUAUUCGUGGAGAUGAAGAAUUGGACUCUCUCAUCAAGGCUACAAUUGCUGGUGGUGGUGUCAUUCCACACAUCCACAAAUCUCUGAUUGGGAAGAAAGGACAACAGAAGACUGUCUAAAGGAUGCCUGGAUUCCUUGUUAUCUCAGGACUCUAAAUACUCUAACAGCUGUCCAGUGUUGGUGAUUCCAGUGGACUGUAUCUCUGUGAAAAACACAAUUUUGCCUUUUUGUAAUUCUAUUUGAGCAAGUUGGAAGUUUAAUUAGCUUUCCAACCAACCAAAUUUCUGCAUUCGAGUCUUAACCAUAUUUAAGUGUUACUGUGGCUUCAAAGAAGCUAUUGAUUCUGAAGUAGUGGGUUUUGAUUGAGUUGACUGUUUUUAAAAAACUGUUUGGAUUUUAAUUGUGAUGCAGAAGUUAUAGUAACAAACAUUUGGUUUUGUACAGACAUUAUUUCCACUCCGGUGGAGAAGCUCAAUAAAGGUCAUAUCCCAAAUUA